AUGAAUCACGUUGAAGACGUCGAAGGCGGACGGGGCCGUACGUGGCAACCCUAUUCCAGCGACAGCACUCCUAUCAACAGCUCUCCCAAUCCUUCGCAUCGGGAGAAGAGUGAUAAGAUCGAAGUCUUGGUGUUCGAGGAGAACGACAAACGAAACCCGUACAGCUGGAGUGAUGGCAGGAAAUGGCUGCUUGCCGGCAUAUCACUAAUCGGGACGCUCUUUAUACCACUCAACGGGACAUCAAUCACGGUUGCGGCAGCCCAACUCAGCCAGGAAUUCAAUGCCAGUGACUCGGCACACUUUACGAAUACCUACUGGGCCGUGACAAGCUGGAGCGCCGGCGGCGCCGUCUUCAUCAUCCUCUUCCUACCAUUCCUCGAAGAGCUAGGUGUUCGUCGAGUCUACCUGGCCUUCUACCUACUCUUCAUCCUGAUGCUCAUCCCACAAGCUCUGGCCCAGAACUUUGCCACGCUCGUCGUCACGAGAUUCUUCAGUGGUGGUUGUGUAGCACUACUCGCCAACUCAAUCGCAAGUAUCAUCCCGGACCUGUGGGAAGGCCCAGCUGCCCGAAGUCUCCCGGUCGGCAUCUACAUUGUGCUCUACGUCGUAGGAAGCACAAUUGGUCCCGUAGUCUUCGCACCUAUUAUCCAGUACGAUCUCACAUGGCGCUGGAUUUUCUACAUCCAGCUGAUCGUCUAUGGCGCUCUCGGGAUCUUCUUCUUGUUCUUCUUGCCUGAGACACGAGGCCACAUCAUUCUUCGCCGCGAGGCCAAGAAGCUGCGAAAGCAGACGGGUCGGAAGAUCUAUAGUGAAGCUGAGCUCAACCCUCAACCUCUCAUCAAGACACUGCCGGCGGUGAUAUACAGACCCACGUACCUCCUUGUCACCGAGCCAGUGCUCCUCGCUUCCACUCUCUGGUCCGCGUUCGCUCUCGGAACUAUCUACGCCUUCACACAGUCCGUGGAGCAAGUAUUCAAGGGUAUCUAUGGCUGGGAAUCCUACAAAUGUGGCUAUGUCCAAGCAGCCGUGGUCAUUGGCGAGAUCUUCGGCUGGUUCGUGUCGAUCUAUGGCACCCGUCUUUUCCUCGAAUCCGCGGAUCGUAACACCGAGUUUCCAGGUCGCCCCAUCCCAGAAGCUAGACUCUACGUCAGCAUCUUCGGCUCUUUCCUAGGAAUGACAGGAGGAAUGUUUGUGUAUGGUUGGACGAGCUAUCCCAAUCUCCCAUGGAUAGCACCAGCCAUUGGACUCUGUCUCGUCGGCUUUGGCAUCCAAGUCGUCGUGGGCGCUAUCGCAGAUUAUAUUGUUGAUGCUUAUGCGAAUCCGGAAUACAACUAUGCUGGCUCGGCGAUCAGUGCUGUGGCAGCUGGAGAGAAUCUUGUGGCUGGGUUCCUGCCGCUGGGAAGUCAGUCCAUGUACACCAAUCUGGGGUUUCACUGGGCGAGUAGUUUACUUGGCUUCUUGGCGUUGGUUUUGAGUUUUGUGCCGAUUGUGUUUCUUUUUUAUGGGAGAUCGUUGAGGGAGAGGUGCACUUUCAUGCAAAGCGCUGGGAGGAAAGGUGAUGAAAAAUAG